CGAUAGUUGCUAAUGUGGGACAUCAAUUAAAAAAAAAUCUUAUCUUUGUGUCCUAUCAUAUAUACUUCACCGGCAGAAGAUGACGGAGGCCACAACCACUUGCAUAAUCUCCUUCUACUGGAAAUAGCUGGGAUCUAUCCCAACAACACUGCAUUUUGCUAAACAAGAAAAACAAGAAUCUGUGACGAUGAGCAGCCAGGGAAAUGAUCCGAAUGCAGCGGCAACCAGAACUGGAGAACUUACAAAAUUCCAAUCAAACGCAGUGGAUGUCCUAUCGAGCAUAAACUCUCUGUUCACAGUUGCUGUAUUCUUGGGCUUAUCCUUCGCAUCUCCCAACCAAAAAAGCAUUGAUCCCCGAUCCGAAUGUAACCCAGACGCCACCAUGCUCAAGAGACUCGUCUUAUGGGAGGUUAUAUCAUUUUCUUUCUUCCUCUUCUCCAGCCUAUUCUUGAAAUCACUCCAACUAUAUAUCAACAUGUUAGGAGAUGAAAAAAAAGAGGGGGAAAAAAAAGAGGGGGGAAAAAAAAAGGGGGUCGUCAGGGGCAUGUUCUACAUAUCGGUAUUGACGACGACACUUGGCGUUGCAAGUUUUACGGUUUCCAUGGCUUACCUUAUUCAGAUACAGGUUGGAAAGAUGUCUUGUUGGAUUUUUGAAACAACUCUCUCUGUGAUCUUUCUAGCUGUGAUGGUGUUUCUGGGUAUCGUAAGUUAUUUAGUCGUCACUGCUCUAACUUUCUCGCUCACAACAGACGAUUUUGACCAACAUCUUUCUAGUACUACUGUUUUUACCACUGCUGCAAGUAUUUAAUUCUUGAAUAUUUUAUUUAAAAAACUGAAAAAUUUGGAGUUGUAACAUAAUUUUACUUUUAAGUUAAUGUUAUUUUGUACAAUUUUAAUUGCUA